AUGUCCGACGUCCAGCAGCAGCACACCGCCACCGAGGCACCUGUUUCCGAGCCUGUGGCCACCCAGCAACCUGAGACCACCACCACCACCGCUCCCACCACAGCAGAGGAGUCGACGCCCAUUGCUGAUGCCAUGGCGAAGCCCGAGUCACACGAGACUAAGGAGACACCAAUCACUGACUCGAUCAUCAACUCGCCCGAGCACAAGGACGCCAUUGAGUCCACUCCCGUUGCGGAGGAGAAGAAGGAUGCCGUCGCUGCUCCCGAGAAGAAGCCUGUGGAGCCCAUUACGGAGGGCCAGCUCGCGCUCAAAGGUCCUGGUCUGCUGAAGUCCAUCAUCCCCUCCAAGAAGGAAUUCUGGCUCGGAGACGAUGCCGUCACACCACAAGACCUGAGCUCCUACAUGCGUGGCGAGAAGCCUGAAAUCGCUCACCACGUCGUCGCCUGGGCUAGCCAGACGGGCAAGGGUCUCCUCUUCUUCAACAAGAAGGGUGACACCAGCAAGAAGACGCCCGGUCACGUGCUUGCUCUGUACGACGCCACUGACCUGAAGAAGGAGUCUCCGCAUGAGAUUGCUUUCAAGCUGAACGGCCAGGAGCAUGUGCUCAAGGCUACCAGCGACAACGAGCGCGAUGGUUGGUAUAUGUCGAUUGAGAAGGCGAUGGAGCUUGGCAAGUCGCAGAAGGAGGAGGUGAGGGAGGGUGAGGGCUACAAGGCUGAGAUGGAGAAGCUAAACAAGCCUGCUGGUGCUGCCACCACUGCCGCAGCUGCCGCCAAGCGCAGCCAGUCCCAGCCUAAGAAGAGCAUGGAUGUCGACAAGACUGAUGCCACUACUCCUCGCAACAACUCCGACUCCGUGGAGGAAGAGAAGAAGGACGACAAGAAGUCUCGCUCCACUUCUCGCGGCGUGUUCGACCGUCUGAAGGGCAAGAAGGAAGAAGCUGAGGUCAAGAGAGAGGAGAAGAAGGAGGAGAAGGAAGAGAAGAAGGUCGAGGAGACUGCGCCAGAGGAGCACAAGACUGAAGAGGCACCUGUUGCGGCUGGCCUUGCUGGUGGUGCCGUUGCCGGCGCUGCUGUUGCUGGUAGCUCGAGCACCGAUGACAAGAAGGAGGAGCCUAUCGAGUCAUCUACCGCUACCGCGCCCACCACCACCGAGACCAAGACCGAGGAGAAGCCCAAGCCGGCGAAGCGAGGUAGUAUCUUCGGCAAGAUGCAAGGCUGGGGCAACAUGAAGAGCCCUUCCAAGGAGAAGGAGCAGAAGGACGCCGAGCUCAAGCCUGAGGUCCCACCAAAGGACGGCGCUGUCGCCGAGAACCCACCAGUGCUCCCUGAGACUGCCACCACCGAGCCAGCUGAGGACGCUCUCAAGACUGACGGCGAGGUCAAGCCUGAGACCGCCGCUGAGGAGAAGAAGGCCACCUCCACCCCAGCAAAAGAGAAGCCUACUUUCCUCUCCAACCUCUCCUUCGGCAGCAAACGUAACCGCAGCGUCAGCCCGUCUGCCGGCGCUACCGAGACGCCAGUCAAGGCUGAGGAGACCUCCCCCGUCGAGGCACCUAAGGAGACCGAGCCAGCCGCCCCCGUCGAGGAGCCCAAGACCGAGCAGCCCAUCGGCGGCACCGAGACCGUCGACCCUAUCUCCCCGCUGAAGCCGGAGGACGCCACGAACAACACCGCCGACACGAAAACCACCGACAAGCGACAGUCCGUCUUCUCCAACCUCGGCCGUCGCGCCUCCAAGGCUUUCAAGGGCAUGCAGUCCCCGAAGAGAGAGAACACUACUCCUGCCACCGCCGCUACCACGGAGUCGACGCCUGCAGAGACCGAGCAGUCGCAACAGCAGAUCGGCGACGUCGUCCCUGAAGCCAUCGCGGACGACACGAAGAAGACGGAGCAGCCCCCCGCCGUCGCUGCGUCGGCAUAG